AUGAAAUUAGCCCAAAUACUUCUCAACGCGCUUCAAAGAUGCAGAAUAGCAAGAAGCAUGGCUCUCCUAGUUGAGACAACCCAGACAGGGCACAUCUUUGUAGGUGAGGCAGCUGCAAUUUUUUAGUUUGAAAAUGGAGGGUAAUGUGGCAGCAGGGGAGGCAAAAUGGGUGAUGACUCCUCUUGUUUCUUGGAUCAGAAACACCCAAAAUGACAAAAUAGCAGGACACCUCAAUAACAAAGGUGGCAUAAAUGAAUAGGAAAUCAUUGAGGCAAUGCUGGCCAAAGCUGUGACAGGCAACCGAAGACAACGGAAAGCCCAUUCACUGGCACCACAUGCUGGCCACAUUGACAUGAAUAGUUUUGUCUCUUUUUCAUCUCUGUGGGUGUUCCUAUAUAUAGGGAGAAUCAUAGAAUUGGCAGAAGCACCUCAAAGUUAACUAUAAGCUCUCUGAGAGAAAAAAGAAAUCAUAGCAGCCAUGGCUGGUAAAUACCAUGUUCGAUCUAUUAGCUUGCCUUCCAGAUCUCAUCCUACCACUCUUAGGCUCGAAGAAGAGCUGAACAAGCUCAAAACAUGGGAGGCAACAUGUUCUGCAUCAACAUCAGAUUCAAUCUGCAAAGGUCUAGUUGGUCUGGAGGAGUUGUACAAAUGCAUGGAUGAUCUUCUAAACAUGUCAUCGGCCCAACAAGUCCUGUCUCAAAAUCAACAUGAGAAAUAUGUCGAGGAAUUGUUGGAUGGAUCUGUAAGGCUUUUGGACAUCUGUGGCAUUACAAGAGAUACCCUUUUGCAGAUUAAGGAACAUGUUCGAUCUCUUCAAUCUGCUCUCCGAAGGAGAAAGGGAGAAUAUUCUAGCAUUGAAAGCAACAUCAACAGCUACACUUUGUUCAAGAAGAAAAUGAAGAAGGAUGCCAAGAAGUUGAUCACAGCACUAAAGCAAAUGGAGAACAAAUGGGCUGCAUUUCCAGUCUUAGAUCUAGAUGAUCAACACCUCUCUGCAGUGAUUCGAGUGCUUAGAGAAGUUUGUGUAAUGAAUGUUUCCAUCUUUCAAUCCCUCUUGCUGUUCUUGACAGUGCCAUUGUCAAAGCCAAAGGCAACUGGGUGGUCAUUGGUCUCAAAGCUGAUGCACAAGGGUGUAGUAGCAUGCGAAGAAAAGCAAGAGAAUGUGAAUGAGAUGGAAGCUGUUGAUGCUGCACUCCGCACCCUCUGCAGAUAUGCUGAUGCUGAGAAGAUGCAAAGCACACAUAAAAGUUUGGAGGAUUUGGAGAUUAGCAUGGAAGAAAUGGAGAAUUGUUUGGAGUGCUUGUUUAGGCGCUUGAUCAAAACAAGAGCCUCUCUUUUGAACAUAAUCUCUCAAUAGAGCAUUACCAAAACCCAUUUUUGUAUCCAAAUCCUUGAAGGCCAUCAGAUUUUUAAGAGGAUGUGCCAAAAGGGUUCAUAUAUAUUUCCUAUUCAACAACAACUAUGUACAUUUAUCAAAUUAUUAUAGAGUAAAUGCAAACAGAAAGUUUGAGCUCCA